ACUCUGUAUUGAAAAAAAGCUUUUACUUACUGUUCCAAACACAUGUUCAUUCCCAGGUUGUGGAAAAAAUGUAGAAAUAUUAGAUCAAGCCAAUCCUCUUGGCACUGUUUCCAAUUUGCCGUUAACUGAUCCCAAGAAGGCCUUCCAAUCAACUAGAAUUUUACCUUUGAUGGGCGAAACAUUUAUCCUAUCUUCACCACCUAUACGGAUACUACCUAUACAGAUAGAAGAGAUCAAGGAUACAGCAAUUCAACAAGUCAAAAGUAAUUUGAG